AGCGGUGCUAUUCUACGCCAGUGCAGCUGAGUGCAGCUUAGUGUAGCCCUGAGAACGCUGUCAGCAGCUGUUAGUGCGCUCCGUCCAUGUCGGUCGACCCGUGUUUUGUGUUGGUCGAGUAUGUAUUUAGGCGCUUCCGGUUUGGUUUAUCGGAAAUAUUUGAAUCAGACGAGUUAGAGAUGUCAGGAAAACCGUAGUGGAGCAUAAUUUGUGAGAAUCGUAAAUAUGAGCAAUGGUAUACGCUGUCAGUGGGCCGAAUGUUUCUCUAAGUAAAAAGUAUCGGCUGGUUUGUUUACUGUCUUGUUAUUCACUCCAGUUAAGUAAUAAUUCUUACUAUACUUCAUUGCGUGAAGCGAUUCAACGUUUCGAAGAAGUAAUCCUCCCACCGAUCCCUUUCUGAGUUUCUGAUCUGUGUGUCAGGAUUGCUACAGAGAUCCACCUCGGAUGUAAUGCAACAAAUGGUACAUAUUACUUUAAGCUUCCAUGUCUCGCCAUUGAGGAAUGUAUUUCAAGAAUGAACUCGACCUGUUUCUUGUUAUCAUUAACAAGAGCACAGAAUUGCAGUUUUUCAUUUGUGUUAUGGAAAAAUAAAGAUCACACCGGAAUGGAGGUUGGUGCCGUCAAAAUUGCAGAAGAUAAAGAUUUCGAAAAGUUAAAGCAGCUGUACGAUAAUAACAAUGACUGGAGGUUGGAUUACAACAAGCCUGAUAUGUCGGUGUGGACUAAAUCUGUCCCUGGAAUUAGUUUCAGAAUGGUGAAAAUAAGAACGAGGUUUCCGGAUGUAUCGCCCGAGACUUUGUACGACGUUCUGCACGACCCUGAGUAUAGAAGGGUUUGGGAUACGCACAUGAUCGAAUCAAAGGAUAUAGGUUUUUUCAACCCCAAUAACGACAUCGGCUACUACUCGGUGGCUUGUCCGUCGCCGUUGAAGAACAGAGACUUCGUCCUGCAGCGAUCCUGGCUAGACACGGGACUGGAGCAACUCAUUAUUAAUCAUUCCAUUUACCACAAAAAUUAUCCCCCGCGAAAGCAUUUCGUCAGAGCUACUUCGUAUCUUACAGGAUACAUCGUAAGGCCAUCUAGAAAUGGCGACGGCUCGGAACUCGGUUAUGUUUCCCACACGGAUCCCCAUGGAAAAUUGCCCGUAUGGUUGGUCAACAAAGUCACGCAAAUCUACGCACCAAAGAUGGUGAAGAAGUUGCACAAAGCCUCCGUGGGCUACCUGAGCUGGAAGUCGCGCAAUAAUCCGAAUUUGAAGCCGUGGCAUUUUCCGGAGCAAAUCGCGGCGCCGCGAAUGAAGGUCGAGGAGUGUGUCAAGUCGCAGGAGGAAAAAAAUUUGAAGAACUUCGUCGACGAGUCGAGCUUGAAGGACGCGUCCGAGAAAGACAGUAUUUUCAUGGACAGCGACUAGUCGCGAAAAGAUUAUCACUGUGUCAUCGUUCUGACAUCAAAUUGCGGUACUCCUCGUAUGGGUGAAUCUGGGAGAGGUGGCCACCUAUUGAUAACUUUGGAUCCUUCUCCAUCUGACCAUCUGACGUGAUAUUCGUCGAUACAUUUCAUUGUUAGUCAAGGAACAACGCUUAUAUUUUGGUUAAUACAAUGACAAUGUCAUCGAACGCGACAUUGAACAGUGUUAAUUAGAUCUAAUAAGUUUUACGCGUUAUAUUUAAACACUGCGAGUUCAUUGAUAUGCAAUAAAUGUUUGUUGUUUUAAUAUAAUAUUUAUAAUACCAUUCUAACUUGUAGAUACAUACUUUAACCCUUUUAGUGCUGGCCGAAGUCGUUAGCACUUGUAAAACGACGAUAUAUCGUUGUUCGGCACUAAAAGGGUUAACGCUACCUAAAUUUAUCAUGGUCGGUCAAAUGACCACUUUUAAGUUGUAUUCAAAAUAGAGGUAUAAGUUCUCGAUAGGUUUAGUGUUAAGAUCACGGGAAGUAAAAUAAGAAUUCUUCUUUUCAAACUUGUUAUUUAAUAUGAAAUUUGGAAGUAUUUUCAAUCAUUUUGAUAUGUAUUUUUUCGAACUAGGAGAGAGACAUUUUCGAAUGUAUUAGAAAUAAGAGAAGAAAAUUUAGAGGGAUCCAAAGUUCCUAUACACUCCAUGUACCCCCGUGCUCCAUAUCCUCAGGAGGUUAAGAAUAAUCGUGGUAUUAAAUCUCUACUUAUUUUUUAAUUGCAGAUACAAUUACCUUACCAUAGAUUCACAGAAAGAAAAGUAACGUAACUAGAGAUUCACUGUUAAUAAUAUCUGUUCGAAAUAUAGUAUGACUAUGGUCGAUAUUUUUUCAAGACAUUUCAUUUCCAAAUUACGGAAUAGCCUUUCAGGUGAAGUGAAAUCCCCCUCAAAUCAG